UUUAACUUUAUGUCAAAUAACAAUCGGCUUGUCGAUAAUUAAUUUUUUUAGUAUAACGUCUUGUCUUGCGUAUUUAGUUGUACUCUAUCUCCAGUUUGUGAAAAGUAUCCCUGUUUAUUUAUUUGUGAUUCCAGCUUCCGUCAUUAGAAAUGAUUUGAUUAAAUGUCAAUAUUUUUUAGUUGUUUUGAAAGGCGUAGGUUAUAAAUACUAAUUCCGGAAGUCAAUCAGAAAGGGCUACGAGUUCAGGUAUUUGGCCAUUUGCAGUUUGUUUGAAAAAUUAUGUCGUCUAAUAUUAGAACAACCAGUCGCACAAAAAAUGAAACGAUUCCGUUUGAAACGGUCAUUGUGAUACCCCCUGAUGGUGGAUGGGGUUGGGUGAUAGUUGCCGCGGCAUUUAUAUGCAAUAUGAUUAUCGACGGAAGCCUCUAUACUUUUGGAAUUUUUUUGGACGAUAUCGCUUCAACCUUUGAUGUUCCAAAAACAAAGAUAGCCGUGAUAAGUUCAGUAUUAUCAGGAUUCUAUUACCUCUCAGGUCCUUUUGUAUGCGCUUUAACAAAUACAAUUGGGUUCAGAUUUGUUGGUAUGGCAGGUGGUUUCGGUGCAGCCUUAGCUAUUUUUAUCACUUCACAAUGGACGGUCCUUUGGCCGGUAUUUGUUACGCAUGGUUUUUGUUGUGGUAUUGCUUUCGGUAUGGUUUAUGUGCCCUCCGUUCUCGUAAUUGGUUUUUAUUUCGAAAGAUGGAGAGCUCUGGCAACCUCACUGGCCUCAACAGGGUCUUCCGUUGGUAUCAUAGCUUUUCCGGCUGUUAUCAAAAUUGCCUUGGACGGUUUCACGUGGAGGUUUCAAUUUUGUUGUCUGGCAGGAAUGUUUAUCGUUGUGGGAUUGUGUGCUUUGACCUACAAACCAUUAAAGUCGAUCAAACUAGAGCCUCCUGACAAUAUCUUACCCACCAUCGAAUCACGCGGAACCGCACAAGAAGGGGAAGGAAUGUCAUUGACUUCUAAAUUCUCAAGGUUGACCAGCUACCACAAUAAAGCUUACCCGACAGCUGCUGAUUUUUACCGGGAAUCAAAUGUUUUGAAGGAACUGUCCCAGGAAACUAUAGGUGGAUCUACAUCGAUUUUGAAUUCGAAUGCGGUGGUGUCUCGUUCAAGUCUUUGCAGCAGAUUGACCAAGACAUCUCGAGGUCCCUUUAACUGUCUUCAGCCGGUGGCCGAAGAAGACGAGAAAGCGGGUUGUUGUCCGUGCAUCCAAAGGUGCAAUUGCAGCCGAUGCAUUUGCUACAAAAGGAGAAAAGAACCCAUUGCAAGACCGAUGUAUCGAGAUGAUAUAUUUUACGGGGCAUCUCUUAACAAACUACCGCAGUAUACCAGCGCAACGAGGGGACCCUCCAGUGUAGCUUCACAAUCGACUAGAGUUAUUGACUACCAUCUUUCAGUAACAAGGGUGGCUGCUCAAAGGGAUGUACGCGAAAAGUAUUCUUGCUGUCCAUAUCCGGUUAAGAGGACACUGGUUACCAUGUUGGACGUGAGCAUUUUGAAAUCUAGGUCGUUCCUUUUCUUGGCCAUAAGUGGAUUUUUUACCACAUUGGGAGUCUAUGUACCAUUUGUGUACAUUGUGGAACGUGCCCAACAGAAAGGAAUUAAUUCUAAAAACGCUUAUUUUCUUCUAUCGGUGAUGGGCAUGGCGAAUGCUGUAGGUAGAAUUGUCAUUGGGGUUAUGGCGUCUCUUCCACAUUUUAAUGCGCUUUUGGUCUCUUUUUUGAUGGUAUUUUCUGGUGGAAUUGCAACUUUGGUAUCUUCGGUUUGGCACGUUUACGAAUGGCAGAUUGGAUUUGCUUGCGUUUAUGGUUCAUCCAUAGCAUGUUUAUCAGCAAUGAGAACAGUUGUUAUCGUCGAUCUUGUUAAGCUCGAAAACUUGACUACUGCCCUAGGCGUCACGCUGGUGUUUCAAGGAAUUGCCGCCAUAAUUUCAAUGCCUACUGUUGCGGUCAUCAUCAGCGCCAUGGACGACGAUUACGAUGCUGCUUUUUAUUUUGGUGGAAGCGUCGUCACGCUUGGGGCCAUAUUUCUCAUUCCAAUUCAACUUAUGCAUUAUAAAGGGAGAAGGAACGUAGUCUAAAUAAAAAUAUAUUUAUACUAGUUGGUAUCUUUUUUAUGUAUAUAUUUUUGUUAAUAAGA